CGCUGGCUGAGCUGUCCUCCAUGCCUUCCGAUCCCAAGCUACCACCAUAUAUGCACUGAUAGCGAGCAAUUCCACAAGAAACCACCCAUCAAUAAUGGCGGUCACGGGCAAGAGGCAAGCGUCCGUCAGCCUGCUGGCCCUCGCGGCGCUCCUCGCCGUCUUCGCCGGCCAUGCCGCGGCCGCGGGGAAGACCGGCCAGGUGACCGUCUUCUGGGGCCGGAACAAGGCCGAGGGCUCGCUCCGCGAGGCGUGCGACGCCGGCACGUACACCCUCGUCGUCAUCUCCUUCCUCGACGUGUUCGGCGGCCACGGCACGCCCGGCCUCGACCUCUCCGGCCACCCCGUCGCCGGCGUCGGCGACGACAUCAAGCACUGCCAGUCGAAGAGCAUCAUGGUGUUCCUCUCCAUCGGGGGGUUCGGCAGCCAGUACUCCCUGCCGAGCGCCAAGGCCGCGACGGACCUCGCCGACUACCUGUGGUACGCCUACCUCGCCGGCUCCGGUAACGGCACCGGCGUGCGCCGCCCGUUCGGGGACGCCUACGUCGACGGCGUCGACCUCUUCAUCGACCAGGGCCCGCCGGACUUCUACGACGUGCUGGCCGCCCGCCUCUGGAGCUACAACAAGCAGUUCCGCGCCAGGACGCCGGUGCAGCUGUCGGCGACGCCACGGUGCAGGUACCCCGACCGCCGCGUGGAGCGGGCGCUCGCCACGGGGGUCGUCACCCGCAUCAACGUCAGGCUCUACGGCGACGGGUACUGCGCCGCCUACUGGCAGCAGGAGUGGGAGAAGUGGACGGCGGCGUACCCCGACUCCGGCAUCUACGUGGGCCUGCCGGCGUCGGAGCAGACGGUCGGCUACGUGCACCCCAAGAACCUCUACUACGGCGUCGUCCCGGUCGUGCAGAAGGCAGCGAACUACGGCGGAGUAAUGAUCUGGGACCGAUACGCCGACAAGCGGAGCAACUACAGCGGCUACGCCAUUCAGUGGGCUUGACCCUGAUGAGCUAGCAUCACUUUCUCAGUAAAAUGUCCGAAACACAAUCAUAAUAAAUAUCAUGGUACAUCGUAUACUGUGUUUAUUAAUUUACGAAUAAAAGUAAUCAUAAAGAUUAUUUAUGAAUAAAGAUGAUUCUCUGUUACUUGAAAUAAAUAUAACUGAUCAAUAAGUGCUCUGUAAGCUAUUUCGCAAGCAAGAGUGUAAGUGGACCAACCCGUGAACCCACUUAUAGGCUAAUUAAGUGGGUUAUUACUUAGUUGGUCUAUAAGUGGUUUGGUGGACCGGAUCACUUAUGCUUCUAUCCGUAAGACAUGUUACGGAAGUUAUGGUUGGACAGAACAUGGAGGACAAUGGUUGGACCGA